GCGAGCGCGCGCCGUGCGGGGUUCCCCGGGCGGUGCGGCAGCGGGGCCGCCCCACGGGGUGGGGGCGUGGGGGGCAGCUGCGGGCGCUCUGCGGCGUUCCCCUGGCUGCGGGGCUUCCCCUCCGGUCCCGCGCCGGUCCCUCACGCCCUGGCAAACGACUACAUUUCCCAGCACUUCCUUCUUCCGAGCGGGCUCUGCGGGGAGCAUCGCCGGCUCUCGCCAUCUCCUUCCCUCGCAGGGGGCUCGGCGCGGCGGCGGCGGCGGGGCGGAGCUCAGCUCGCAGUCCCGGCCCCGCGGCAGCCGCGGCCCCGCAGCGCUCCCCCCGCCCGUGCAGGCGCGGAGCCGGCGGCGCACGGCGCGGCGAGCAGCGCCAUGCGGGCUGCCGCCUGCCUCCUCUCCCUGGCGCUCUGCGCCCUGCCCGCUCCCCCAGGAGGCGCCGGGCCGGCGGCAGCGACAGCGACGGCGGGGCGGCGGGGCGAGAGCCGCUUCGCGGAGCGAGAGAGCAUCAGGCCCCUGCGGCUGGUCUCCGGCGGCGGCGCGCGGCGGCCGGCGCUGAGCACGCGGGUGCGGAGCGGCGCGGCGCGGACGCAGUCUACCCACAUUGCUCGAGCCAGCUUCCAGGUUGAUGCUUUUGGAUCAUCUUUCAUCCUAGAUGUGACGCUAAACCAUGACCUGUUGUCUUCUGAGUAUCUUGAGAGGCAUAUUGAGCAAGGUGGCAAGACAGUGGAAGUUAAAGGAGGAGAACAUUGCUAUUAUCAGGGAGAAAUUAGAGGAAAUCCCGUAUCAUUUGUUGCCUUGUCAACAUGCCAUGGAUUACAUGGGAUGUUCUUUGAUGGAAAUCAUACUUACCUUAUUGAGCCAGAUGAAAACUACACUUCAGAUGAUGACUUCCAUUUCCACUCUGUUUACAAAUCCAAGUUGUUUGAGUUUCCUUCGGAUGAUCUGCCAUCUGAGUUCUGGCAAAUGAAUACUACAUCACAGAAGUUUGUUGUAAAGCCGAGACACAAAAGAAGUAAAAGGCAGGUUCGUCAGAUUCCACGUAAAGUUGAAGAGGAAACUAAAUACAUUGAGUUAAUGAUUGUAAAUGAUCACUUAAUGUGUAAAAAGCACCGCUUGUCAGUUGGCCAUACAAACAGCUAUGCUAAAUCAGUUGUGAACAUGGCAGAUUUAAUAUAUAAAGAACAACUUAACACCAGGAUAGUAUUGGUUGCCAUGGAAACCUGGGCUACUGAUAACAAGUUCACCAUAUCUGAAAACCCCUUGGUGACCCUACGUGAGUUUAUGAAAUAUAGGAGGGAUUUUAUCAGAGAGAAAAGUGACGCAGUUCACCUUUUUUCGGGGAGUCGAUUUCAGAGCAGUCGAAGUGGUGUAGCCCACACUGGUGGAAUCUGCUCCUUGCUUAAAGGUGGAGGUGUGAACGAGUUUGGAAAGCCAGACUUAAUGGCAGUUACCCUGGCACAGACCUUGGCCCAAAACAUUGGCAUUUUCUCAGACAGAAGAAAACUUCUAAGUGGUGAGUGUAAGUGUGAGGAUACGUGGUCUGGAUGCAUAAUGGGAGACAUGGGGUAUUAUCUUCCAAGCAAGUUCUCCAAGUGUGAUAUUGAAGAGUAUCAUGAAUUUUUAAACAACGGAGGUGGAGCAUGCCUUUUCAAUAAACCAACCAAACUUCUGGAUCCUCCAGAAUGCGGCAAUGGUUUUGUGGAAGAUGGAGAAGAGUGUGACUGUGGGACGAUAGCAGAGUGUGCCAGUGAAGGAGGAGAGUGCUGCAGUACUUGCACCCUGACGGCAGGCUCCCAGUGCAGCAAUGGACUUUGCUGUCGGAAGUGCAGGUUUGAACCUAAAGGAGUUUUGUGCCGAGAAGCGGUGAAUGAUUGUGAUAUUGCAGAGAACUGCACAGGAAAUUCCAGUCAGUGUUCUCCCAAUAUUCAUAAAAUGGAUGGAUAUUCAUGUGAUAACAAGCAGGGUAUUUGUUUUGGGGGAAGAUGUAAAACCAGGGACCGGCAGUGUAAAUAUAUCUGGGGUGAAAAAGUGACAGCUGCUGACAGGUUCUGCUAUGAGAAGCUGAAUAUUGAAGGGACUGAGAAAGGAAACUGUGGAAGAGACAAGGACUCUUGGAUACAGUGCAAUAAACAGGAUGUGCUUUGUGGUUACCUUCUAUGCUCCAAUAUAUCCAGUGUGCCCAGACUUGGAGAACUUGAUGGUGAAAUCACAUCAUCAAUCUUGCAGUUUGGAAAAGUCUACAAUUGCAGUGGUGGCCAUGUGAAGCUCGAUGAGGAGACAGACCUGGGCUAUGUGGAGAACGGGACACCGUGUGGGCCGAACAUGGUGUGCCUUGAGCAUCGCUGCCUCCCCAUCGAGGCCUUCAACUUCAGUACCUGCCCAGGCACCACAGACAGCGAAAUUUGUUCAGGACACGGUGUUUGUAGCAAUGAAAUAAAGUGUGUCUGUGACCGAUUCUGGGGAGGAGAUGAUUGCAGUUCUCGCAUCAAGGAUGAUAUGUUUUUUGAUAAAGAUGCCAUCAAUAAAGGUGUUGUUAGCACAAAUAUAAUAAUAGGGGCUAUUGCUGGCACCAUUUUAGUGUUGGCUCUCGUUUUAGGAAUAACUGGUUGGGGUUACAAAAACUACAGAAGACAGAGACAAAUACCCCAGGGAGAUUAUGUAAAAAAGCCUGGAGAGGCCGACUCUUUUUAUAGCGACAUGCCUCCUGGAGUCAGCACAAACUCUGCAUCUAGUUCUAAGAAGAGGUCUGCUUUUCUGUCGCAUUUUCAGAUUUCUACCUGUUCCAUCACCCAUUAUUCCAUUAGUCAGAACAUUUCAUUGUUUUGCAGCAGGUCAAAUGGAUUAUCUCAUUCCUGGAGUGAAAGGAUCCCAGACACAAAACAUAUUUCAGACAUUUGUGAAAAUGGGAGGCCUAGGAGUAAUUCUUGGCAAGGUAAUAUAGGAGGAAACAGAAAGAAAGUCAGAGGCAAAAGGUUUAGGCCACGGUCUAAUUCAACUGACAGGGUAACUCAUGCAUCUGAGCCUGGGCUUUCUCUCGCCCACCAAAUCCCGGCCCAAGGCAUAAGCCCAGGGGGUUCUGACCACCCCCAAACAGGGAGUCGGGAUCACAGGACACUGUCCCCUGCAAAGUCUCCAUCUUCGUCCACUGGUUCUAUCGCUUCCAGCAGAAAAUACCCUUACCCGAUGCCACCACUUCCUGAUGAGGAGAAAAAAGCCAACAGGCAAAGUGCCAGGCUAUGGGAGACGUCCAUUUAGCUGCACUGUUUUCCUGGGGUGACAUCAGAACUGCUUACUUCGAAUUUUAUAGAAACUCAGCAUCACUGAGUCACUGCACAUUCAACUGCUCUUCAGACAAUUCGAAAGAUCAACAGAGAUGCCCGUGAUCACAGUGAGAACCUCCUGUCAUCUGGAAGGGAAAAAAGCAGUCUUUUUUCUUUCUUUCUUUUUUGUUACUGGUAUUUUAUGGAUUUGGUGAACAACCAAAAUCAUAACAACUAACAGGGACAUGACAAGGCUAUUCCGCAUGAUCACAGGUACACUUACCUAGAAUCCGAACUGCAGUCCGUUUGCCAGUCCCACGUAAGAGUUUUUUCACUGGUUUAUUGCAGUCUCAAGUCAGACCAGAGUGGAACUGGGAAUGCGCCUCCUGGAGAGCCCAGCUGAUGUAAACUUGUAUGCUGUAUGCAUGAACCCAUGAACCUUGUGUUCUUUACUUUCCACAUGUAAGGGAUAAACAACAUACUGUAGUAGAAAUUAGCAUGCAGGAGUAAGAAAUACAGGAUUUUUUUGUGACAGGAUUUCAAGCUUUGAAAGGGAACUAUUUGACACAAAUGUCAAACAAGGAUUAUAUCUUUUUUUUUUUUUACCUUAUGUGUUUAUAAUCUCAGUAUAGGGAUUGUAUAUAUGUAAACAUUUGAUAAUGUCAAAAAUAGCUGUUAUACAUAAGCGUAUUUUGCCAAAUGCCUAAAGAAACAGUCAUGACUAACAUCAUCACACUUCAGAUUUUCUAAUACUAUGAGCAGACAUCUUUGGAAAUACAGAAGGUACAGUACUGUAAACCCAUGUCUCUCAGAAACUGGUGUUUGACCAAAAUCUCUAAUGUCUUUUCAGUAUCUUAUACUGUCUUGACAAUCUCAGUUGUAAGGCAGACUGCAGAAACAACAGCACUUUGUCUUAAGUCAUCGUAAGAGGAACCAGCUAAAAUCCCUUGUUCAGUGAGAUGACCAGUGUAUCCUCUCACAGGUGUAAUUAAGAAUGAUUUGGCAGACAACAGAGACAGCCUUUAAGUAACGCGCACUCCGAACUUACUGGACAUUUGGGAAUAUUUCUAAGUUGUCAAUUCAGAAUGUGGUGAUGUGAAGUCCUUCUAGUGAGAGUUGCUGUGUAUUUUUGAUAGAGCAUUUCAGACACUGUUCUAGACGGCAAGGCAUAGUUUAUGGGAAGCAUAAUGGUUUCACUGCACUAGAUAAUAACAGUGCUGGGCAAGCGGCCAGUUUCAUUGCUGUCUUUUAAUUUUUAUUUGUUACUGGAAUUGCCUUUAUCAUGCGCUUGAAUGCUAUGCUUGCUGCCCCUGAAGCCCCCCUGGCAAUUUUGGGGGGCAUUAAACCGAGUACAAGUGAAUUUAGCCUAAAAAACCGGUGGGGAACAAACCCUUUACUGUGAAGAUGUUAAUCUUGUGUAUAAGUGGAUGGUUAGAUUUCUAACACCUGAGACUUCUAAAGGCUGUUGUAAAACAAGUCUUGAUUGGGAAUUUUCGGUCAGUAAGAAACUGGACUAUAUUAAAUCAAUUUAUAAUUCUCUCCAGCUUUCAGAAAUUGACUAAUUCUUAGCUUCAGGUAGUACUAUUGCAGAAUAAAACGCCCAAUUCUGUAUGGUGCAGUUGAAUACCUUGCCCAACAGCCGUAUGAUCAAUUAGGUAUUAUUGUAAUGGGAACAUCUUCGGUGUUUCUGAAUCUUCUACCUCUUUCAUGUGUUUCCUUUAAUAAGUGAAUCCAACACUUGCAGCCUUUUAAUAUAUUUUUUUAACUUUUAAGUCUCUCGAUAAAGUCAGAUAUAUGUAAGAUUAAAUUAAGAAAUGUUUAAAGAUGUCAGCAACUGUAAAGUAUAUAAGAUUUUUAGAAGCACUAUAUUUUAUGGUUAGGCUGUAUGUUGGAUAAUGACAUAAUACUGGCCUUGGCGUUGAAGUGAUUUUCCUUCACAGUCUACAGGUUCUGGUAAGUAUUCUGGAGAAAGACAAAUCUGAGUGAGCGGUAGUGGAUGCAGACAGACCAUCUGGAAGGAGCCAGUCACUUGUAUUUGCUUUAGGAAAAGAUUCUGCACUUUUGUGAGGAGUGAAUAUCCAUCAGCACUGAAGAGUAUUUUUUGCAAAGAUUUAUUUUGAGUGUAGGUAACUGGAUUAAAGGUAGUUGGUAGCAUGUAGCUCAUGAAAUUAGGGUCUGAGCCAUAAUCACUUGAAAUCAGUAUGUUGUUUAUUGAUUUCACUGAACCUUGAGCAGGGCCGUCAAGGAGGUCACCCACAUUAGGACAUUAUGCUAAUCUGAUAGUUGCUGUGUUACCUGGUUUUCCUUCCCAUAUUAGUAUCUUGUCUUUAGUAACGGGACUGUUCAUCAUGUGCCUUUUAUGGCAUUUUGUUUGGAUACAAACCGGCAUGUAAUUUUGAAUAAUCCUGUUAGAUUUCUGUGCGUAUUUUAUGUUUACCACUGUUUACUCUUCCCUUUCCGUUUUGCCUUAUCAAGAAGCAGCAAGAUUUGGCAGACAGAACCGGCUAUAACAUACUGGCUCUUUGUGUAAUGUUCAUAGCUUCUUGUUUUGCAAACAAAUGGCUUUCUGACUGUGUUUUCAAUGUAGUAUGUACUUUCGGCUUCUCUCUUGUUUUGGUGUAAUUCCUUUGUAGCAUAUGAUGAUACAGUUACGUCUGUAGUGUAACUUUAAACAGUCACUUUCACAUUUGGAGCUAGGAAUUCGAGUUAUGAGCACUAAGUUUUAAGUUAAAUAAAUAUUGACUUCCACUUUGACUGUCUAGAGUGAGAACAUCACAGAGCUUGGGUGUUUGCAAAAUUCUUCUGCAGAGAAUCUUGCAUCAGGUUGGUAACUUGGAGACCUUGUCACACAAAACCUGAACUGGCAGGGCUGUGAGCCACUGAAGCCAGCAAAGGUCAAAGAGAGAAAUUGUUUGCUUACAUUCUGUGGUUUCCUACUUCUAAAAUGUGUGUCAGAAAGCUGCCAGAUUAAUAACCUGGAAGAUUGCAAAUAUUUUUAUCCGUUGUAGUUACACUGGCAAUAGCAAUACAAAUUGCCGCAUAAUACCUCAUCCAGUCUAAAGUAGAGUACUUGUAUUGUCAAUAAGAUAGCUCAGUCAUUUUGACUCACGGGGACUCAUGCUUUUGUUUUGUUUUUAAUUUUAAGAAAUGAACUAGUUAUUGCCAGCUAUGCUGCAGGUGCCUAUUGAAGUGGGGACGUUACCAGUUCUUCUCAAAUAGAAGUAACUGUCCAUAUGAAUGCAGGACCUGCAGGAUGAGCUAUACUUAGUGUUAUGUUUUUCAGUGUGGGAGAAGAAUCUGCUAUGAUUUAAAAUAAAAUUAAUAUGACUAACUGAUGGAGACUGGAAAAUAGAGAUCGUAUCCAAAUAAUAAUGCUGCACAACGAUGCCAGAGUUAAACAAAAAUUUACCUGCUAAUUCUGGAUUUGUUGACAUAAGAACUUCAGUAAUCCAUAUGGUAGACUUCUGGUGAAUUUACUCAGGCAAUAUACUAGAAAUGGUUGUGAUUGAUAAUUUACAUAUAUUUUUGAUUUAAAUAAGUUGUUUUAAGAAGGUUGUAAUUUUAUACAGCCUGUCUUUGCUUAAGUUGUGAACUUCAGUCACUACUUGCCAGUUACCUGAUUUAAAGUAUGAUUUGACUUUGAAGGUAGCUACUUCCAAAUGAUUUAAGAGUUCCUGACUUAUGAAAUGUUGAACCUGCUAAGCUGAUGUACUCAUUAGAUAAUUUUGAUUGUGCUGAUGAACAAACAGACCUUUGAGCUAAAAUCAGAAAGAAAUUGUGUCAGUAGCUAGUGUACUGAAGUCCUCUCACGUGAAUUCCUGUUGCUUAUUUUAAGUGACCCAAGUGGUCUUGUCAACACCAAUGUGACAACCGUUUUCAAAACCAGAGCUAAGAAUAGGUACAUACGCUAUUACAGGUACGCAUAUACUACAAAUUCUUCUGAAAUUUGCAGCCAUUUCAUUCAUUAAUAGGCUAGGAUGUAACAUGAAAGAAUGAAAGUUAGCUCUUAGGACUUGCUUUGUCAUUGAAUCCCAUACUAGUUGUUGUGAGCAAAAUUAUCGCACUCCAGUGCAAAACGCAACAAGCUCCUGUUCUCUUCUCUUCCAGUCCCUUUCUGCUCCUACUGAAAAGCAUUUCCAUGAAUGAUAAUUACAUGCACUAACAGCCUCUUGUGCAAGUUGGCCGAGAUCAAAAAGCUGUGAAGUUAGUUGCCUUUCCACGCAGUGUCCUGGACAAGGUCUUUCCAGUGCUGUUAAUACAUCAUUUGCUCUUCCUACAGCGUAGGUGAUGGAGCCUCACGUCUUUCGUGCAGUUUGCACUGGAGUGCUGGUUUGGGCUGGGGGAAGAGUUAAUUUUGCUUCACAGUAGCUACUAUGGGGCUGUGUUUGGGAUUUGUGCUGGAAACAGUGUUGGUAAUUCAGGGAUAUUUUAGUUAUUGCUGAGCAGCGCUCACACAGAGUCGAGGUCUUUUCUGUUCCUCACCCCACCCCACCCGUGGGUGGGUUGGGGGGGGCACGAGAAGUUGGGAGAAGACAGAGCCAGGACCGCUGACCCCAGCUGACCAAAGGGAUAUUCUAUACCGUAUGACUUCAUGCUCAGCCAUAAAACUAUGGGGAAGGCUGGCAGUAGGGGCUGCUUCUCAAAGGCUGGCAGGGCAGUGGCUGGUUGGUGGUGAGCAAUUGUUUUCAUUUGCAUCACUUGCCUUUCAUGUUUUGUUUUGUUUUGUCCUGUCUGCUACUUCCCUUUUCAUUACUGUUUCUUAUUAUCAUAAUUAUUAUUACAUUUUAUUUCAAUUAUUAAACUGUUCUUAUUUCAACCCACAAGUUUUCUCACCCUAUCCCUGUGGGGGGAGAGUGAGUGAGUGGCUGUGUGGUGCUUAGUUGCUGGCUGGGGUUAAACCAUAACUGAUAAAACUGGUAGCUCAGCCAUCCUAUGGCUUUCUUACCCUCUAGCAUUGCUGAAGGCUAAGCCUCUUUAAUCUCCAAGGCUGUGAACCUAAAAGUUGUGCUGUGUCCCAUUUCUCUUGCUUCAAGUUUGAAGAUCAUCCCUUUCUUUCUCAACUGAGUAUCUCUAUCGGUAGCAUACAAUUUGGGCCGCUGUCAUCAACCACAAUGCAGAGGUUAUUUACCUCAUUUUUAAAGAGCAUCCUGGUCUCCUCUGAAGUCAGUUUUUUGCCCAGAAUGGAAUAUCCAUCAGUGUGCUGAGCUAUGACCCACUAUUUGCAUGGCUUCCAAACCAGGUGGCAUUUAUCACCAAUAUGGGAUUUGAUUUUGAUCAGAUUUCCUGAAGACAAAUACGAAUAAACUGCACACAUAAUGUACAGCUUGUCAUCCCAUGACUGCGUGGUGGGAUAACAUUCUUGUGUGGACGUAAAUGUUACCCUAAUAGAGCAGGCAAAAAGGAAACAGUGAAACCGGUUGUGUAGCCAUAGCUGCAAUACAGACGGGACUCUCUGAAGCGUGAUUUCACCAGAACAGGAAAGGAAGCGAUAGUUCCUAUCAUUUACACUAAAAAACUCCUUUGACCUGAGCAGUUUCCAAGGCAGCUUACAAAAAACAAUACUGGUACCUCAAGUAUGGAUGCUGAUGCAAAGCUU